AUGUCGCAUGUGGCGGCGGCUGUGGGUGACCAUCACCUUAGCGAAGGACUACCGGUAAUUCUCUCGCGCCAGGCGUUCACCAGUGACCGCAACUCCCACCUCAUGCUAAUAGACUUCGAGCGCGCGUUCAUCUUCCUGUCGACGGCCAGUCUCCCGCGACUCUUGUCCUCACCCACCCUUGCCAAUAUGGACAGCCUCGACUCCCCAUUCACAAUCGAGCUGAAUGGCUCUCCCAUCGCGAAUAUAGGCAGCAACGCAGGGGACAAGACGCAAGCAAGGACCGGGCCUGAUGCGGCUGUGUUCAUACUCAAGGACGGCCGUCUGCAAUAUGGAGACUGGGUGUUGGGCAGAAGCAAGACCGAGAACCGAAGCAUGUUGCCGAAAGAAGUCUACUGGUUCAAGUCUGGCACAGACGAUGACAAGAAGGCCAAGCCCGUUGCUGCCCAUCAGGACGGCGACUCCAUCCAGCUGAAAUUCGGUGGCUCCUCUUUGAUGUUGGAGGACGACAAGAUCUUCACGGACCUUCUUGGAGACGACCGAACUGAGGUCGUGGUGAAACUGCAGUCAUGACCACAAGCCAGGAACGGCGAUGCGCGUCGUCCAGUGCCAUCGGAAGCACCAGUACAAGUCAGAAUGAAUGCCGUCCGUAGUGUUUGCUGU